AUGCUAAAAAUAAUAUUUUUAUUAAGUAUCGGCGUUAAUGCUAAAGUUAACCCCCACGGUCCUACUGUGGUUAGUGACUUCUCCGGUUGUGUUAGUGAAAUAAUUGAUAGAAAUUUUGCCCAAUCUGGACAUCUCUAUUUCGUGGACACUUUUAACGUAAGCACACCAGUAGCUGGAAUAAGACAUGCUAUCAUUAAAUCUGUGCAUAAAAAAUUAAAAUACUCUGUAAUAAUAGCUACACCUACGAAGAAAGAUAAAGGGAUAUGCCUUAACAAUGACAAUACAGCCGUAGAAAUGAGUGUUGGGCCGCACAUGGAUCAUUUUGAAGCUACACCUCUAGCUCAUUACUUUAUUUUAAUAAUAGAAGACUACAAGGAAUUCAGUUAUAUCGCAAGUAGACUUAUUCGAACUCGGAGUUGGAAUCCAAGAGCCUUAUUCAUUUUGGUAUAUUUCUCAAGAACCGGUUCUGACGAUCAAAACAUCAGGCAUGCCGAAGACAUGCUAUUUUGCCUUUUUAAAGUUAAUGUAAUCAAUGCCAUUGUGAUUAUACCAGAAGUCAAUAAUGUCCGGAAGGCAAAUAUCUAUAGUUGGCGGCCUUAUGAACCUCCAAAAUAUUGUGGAUACUACAAUGAAUCGAUAAGAAAUAGACUGAUAGUGGAAAACGUCUGUGAACGUGGCAAAAUAAAAUACGCAAAAAAGAUUUUUGAAUCAAAAAUUCCUAGUGACAUGAUGGGAUGUAGCUUGAAAGUGCUUGCUCUAGAACGACAGCCCUUUAUAAGUCAUAAUCCGUUGGAUCCUAAUAUUGAAAGUAUAUUGAUUAAUCAGUUAGCAAAACGUUAUAACCUUUCCCUACGAUACGAAAUCCUGAAUUCAUAUCGCGGAGAGAAGUCAUUUCAUGGUGACUGGAGCGGAGCUCUGAGAGACCUAGCUGACAAAAAAGGCCACCUUCUUUUAGGAGGCAUUUUUCCCGACGACGAAGUUCAUCAAGAUUUUGAGUGCAGCUCAACUUACUUAGCCAAUUCCUACACCUGGGUCGUUCCACGAGCGUUACCAAAACCGGCAUGGCUAGCUCUUUUUGUGAUAUUUCAAAAAACUGUAUGGUUGACAGUUAUAACUUGUUUUGUCUUUAUUGCUUUAAGUUGGAUGGUGUUAGCUAAGCUGAGCAGGGAUCCAAGUUAUAGAACUAAUCUGGAUCAUUAUUUUAUUAACACGUGGCUCAGUAAUUUGGGUUUUUGUGCAUUUUCACGACCAAUUACGCAUAGUUUGCGUUUAUUUUUUGUCUUCAUAAACCUUUAUUGCAUUUUAUUAAUAACUGCUUAUCAAACGAAAUUGAUUGAUGUAUUGACGAACCCAAGUUUUGAAUAUCAGAUAUCGACCGUCGAGGAAUUGGUUGAAAGUGGCUUAAAAUGUGGCGGUUCUGAAGAAUUGCAUGAUAUUUUUGAAAAUUCUACUGAUCCUAUUGAUAAUUAUUUUUUGGACGAGUGGAUUGAUAUUGCCGAUAUAAAGGAUGCCUUGAGAGAUGUGGCAAUCCAUCGGAACUUCUCUCUCUUGUGCAGUCGCUCGGAACUGGCGUAUGUAUCAGCUAUAAUACCGGAGCUGAGUGAUCAAUUUGGAAACUAUAUGUAUUAUGCUUUCCCAACGAACGUCUUUACUGUCCCUUUGGAAACUGUAUCUACGAAGGGUUUUCCGUUUAUGAAAGGGUUUUCUAGAAUUUUAACAUAUUUUCGACAGCAUGGCAUCAAUACCGCAGUGAUAGCAUAUUUUGACGGUUAUUUGUUAAGACAUCGAGCUCUACUCUUGAACAAAUUAGAAAAUGAAUACAGUAAAAGACCCGCUCUAUCCAUUCAAACUCUACAAAGUGGAUAUUUAGCCCUUAUAUUUGGCUCUGUGUGUGGCACAUUUGUGUUCAUAGUGGAAAUCAUACUUCAUACAAAAUUUGUAAAAAAUAUAAAAUUUUGUAAGAAAUAUGUUUAAAAGGUGAUUGUUUUU